UCUGACGUCAUCGGCCGGCUCCCGUCCUCAAGAGCCUGGGGCUCGGCCGUAGAACCCGCGGCGGUGGCUGAGAGUAGCGGCGAAGGCAGAGGCAUCCGCGAUGGCCGGGGCAGGACCGUCGCCGGGACUCCCGGUGGCGGGAGGGCCCGUGGUCCCGGGGCCUGGUGUCGGCAUCCCGGGCAAAAGCGGAGAGGAACGCUUGAAAGAAAUGGAGGCGGAGAUGGCCCUGUUUGAGCAAGAAGUCCUGGGAGCUCCGGUGACCGGAAUCCCAUCUGCGGUGCCCACGGUAGACGCCAUGCAAGUCCCAGCAGCCCCUGUGAUCCGCCCGAUUAUAGCCACCAACACAUACCAACAGGUCCAGCAGACCCUGGAGGCCCGGGCAGCUGCUGCAGCCACAGUAGUUCCUCCCAUGGUGGGAGGCCCUCCUUUUGUAGGCCCAGUUGGCUUUGGCCCUGCUGAUCGUGGUCACCUGGACAGUCCUGAGGCUCGAGAGGCCAUGUUCCUGAGGCGAGCAGCUGUGGCCCCUCAGAGGGCCCCUAUCCUGCGUCCAGCCUUCGUCCCCCACGUGCUACAGAGAGCAGAUUCUGCUCUCUCUUCUGCAGCUGGUGGCCCCAGACCUAUGGCCCUGAGACCUCCACACCAAGCCCUGGUUGGACCCCCUCUGCCUGGGCCUCCUGGACCACCCAUGAUGCUGCCACCAAUGGCUCGGGCCCCUGGACCACCCCUGGGUUCAAUGGCUGCUCUGAGACCUCCCCUGGAAGAGCCAGCGGCUCCUCGAGAGCUGGGCCUGGGCCUUGGUUUAGGCCUGAAGGAGAAGGAAGAAGCAGUGGUGGCUGCAGCAGCGGGGCUGGAGGAGGCUAGUGCAGCAGUGGCUGUGGGAGCAGGGGGAGCCCCAGCUGGCCCUGCGGUCAUUGGUCCCAGCCUCCCACUGGCCCUCGCCAUGCCACUGCCAGAGCCUGAGCCUCUGCCCCUCCCUCUGGAGGUAGUACGUGGCCUGCUGCCUCCACUGCGAAUCCCUGAGCUCCUGUCUCUGCGUCCACGACCCCGGCCCCCUCGGCCUGAGCCUCCUCCUGGCCUCAUGGCCCUAGAGGUCCCAGAACCGCUGGGGGAAGACAAGAAGAAAGGCAAGCCAGAGAAAUUGAAACGCUGCAUUCGCACAGCAGCGGGGAGCAGUUGGGAGGACCCCAGCCUGCUGGAGUGGGAUGCUGAUGACUUCCGGAUCUUCUGUGGGGAUCUGGGCAACGAGGUGAACGAUGACAUCUUGGCACGUGCCUUCAGCCGUUUCCCAUCCUUCCUUAAGGCUAAGGUGAUCCGUGACAAGCGAACAGGCAAAACCAAGGGCUACGGCUUUGUCAGCUUCAAGGACCCCAGUGACUAUGUGCGUGCCAUGCGUGAGAUGAAUGGGAAGUACGUGGGCUCCCGCCCCAUCAAGCUUCGAAAAAGCAUGUGGAAGGACCGGAACCUGGAUGUGGUCCGAAAGAAGCAGAAGGAAAAGAAAAAGUUGGGCCUCAGAUAGGAUCUGUGGCCAGGCACCCGCCCACACCCGGCCGGGCGCUUGCUCCUUCCGUCUGUGGGAACCCAGCAGUCCACUCACCUGCCCCAAACCAGUUUCAAUAAAUUUGCCUUCGUUUCCA